AUAAAAGGAGAACAUAAUGUGUGAAAGGAACACCUGCUACCCAAAGUAACACGUACACACAAUGGGAGUCAUGAAGCUGACUGUGUUGCUGUGUUCUGUCCUGCUGCUCGCUGACUCUGUCCUGUCUGAGGACAGUCAUUUUCCAGACGGUGAUGAGAUGACGAUGCCUGACGUGCCAGAACAAGAAGCUCUGGCUGCACCAAGAGAGCCGGACUGUGAGAAGUAUGAAGGACAAAUCUGCACCAAGCAGUAUGAUCCAGUAUGUGGCAGUGAUGGAAACACUUAUGGCACAGAGUGUGUUCUCUGCCAGCAGAACAGACAACAGAAGAAGAAUGUGAAAGUGGCAGGCAAAGGGGUGUGCCCUUCUUAACAGACACACACACACGCACACACACACACACACACACACACACACGCGCGCGCGCACACGCACACACACACACACACACACACACACUGGCUAUGUAACCUGCCUUCUCAAUAAAGACACAAACUGCACAUGUCUUUUGUGUUAUUGUAUUCAGCACAUGAAAUGUGGUGUUAAUUCGAGUAAGCAGAAUAUGUUAUAAUAUGUUUAAUGUCUCUAUGUUGUG